CUUCCCAAGGGUCUACAAUUUUCAUUUAUUCUUUGCUCAGUCUCCCCCUCCAUGCCAGUCUGUGUCUUUUGAUGUGCCAAAGACUUACUUGAUCCAAGAGAAAGAAGGAACAGUUCUUCACUAAAAAAAAAAAAAUCCUUGGACUAUUUAAAACCCCCUUCUUUGCACAAGAAGGGAAACUGAGAAUCUUUUUUUUUUUUUUUAUACAUCUGCAAAACAUCAUUCACUCUGAAACUGAAGUCACUUGAGAGUCUAUAGAGGGAGAGUGAGCACACAUUGGUUUCAAGAUGUUUUAAGGCUGAAAAGUUUCUUCUGUUGGUUUUAAAUGCUGAGUUGGAUUAAGGCUGAAAGAAACAAGAUAUUGAUCUUCCAAACAUUUGUCUGACCAAAUCAAGAAGAGGACAUUUUUUUCUGGAAUCUGGGCAAGUGAUAUUUAUUCUGGAUUACUGAUUCACUUCUGUUAACUUUUGCCGGUGGUACCUAGAUCUGAGAUACCAAGAGGUGGGUCCAUUUUUUUUUAUUUCUGAUUUACAUAAUUUUGGUUAUAUUCUUUGCCAAGAAUCCCCCCCCCCCCCAAAAAAAAAGGUCUCUGUAGGACACCAUGACCUCCAGCUAUAGUCACCACGUUUUGGACAGACAAGCUACCAUCGCUAGUAGAUUAGAAGGUCCAAUCACAGCUAACCUGGACAAUUUACAGGCAAAAAAGAAUUUUUCAGUGAGUCAUUUGUUGGAUCUGGAAGAAGCCGGGGAAAUGGUUGGAGCACAAGCCGAUGAUGCCUCGGUGGAAGCCGGCAGGAGCUUGCUGGAGUCCCCGGGAUUGACCAGUGGAAGUGACACACCUCAGCAAGAAAAUGAACAUUUGAAUGCAGAGCAGAAGAAAAAGAGAAAACAGAGACGGAACAGAACCACAUUUAACAGUAGCCAGCUCCAAGCUCUUGAGAGAGUAUUUGAAAGAACGCAUUACCCAGAUGCCUUUGUACGAGAGGAUCUUGCACGCAGAGUAAACCUGACUGAGGCCAGAGUCCAGGUAUGGUUCCAGAACAGAAGGGCCAAGUUCCGUAGAAAUGAAAGAGCCAUGCUGGCAAACAAGAAUGCAUCACUUCUCAAAUCAUAUGCCGGGGAUGUGACAGCUGUGGAACAACCAAUAGUACCACGCCCAGCUCCAAGACCUAAUGAUUAUCUAUCUUGGGGCACUGCCUCCCCAUAUAGUGCCAUGGCUACUUAUUCGUCCACCUGUGCCAACACCAAUCCUGCUCAGGGAAUGAAUAUGGCCAACAGUAUCGCUAAUCUAAGGCUGAAGGCAAAGGAAUACAGUUUGCAGAGGAACCAAGUGCCUACUGUCAAUUGAAAAAAAAGAGGCUGUAAAUGUAAAUAAUUUAAAUAUACAACUGCCAAUCCCUGCCUUGUAAUAAACAUAACAAUGCAUUGACUUUAAAAUGGGACAAAGUUGAGAGAUGCAGGAUAGAAAACAGAAUUGUUUUGAUAUCUUCUUCUCUUGGGAAAAUGCCACCAAAUAAUUUCCAUUUUGAUUUACCUUCAUGCUGCGCUUGCUAUAAUAUAGAGCUUUUUUACCAUUUCAUACAUCUUCUGAGUGUCUUCUUUACAUAGACAGGUGGGUCCAGGCAGAAGAUUUAUGUCUUCAGGAAACCAAGCCAAAUCUUCAGUCUUAGACAUAUAUGAUGCCUUUUUGUUUUCAACCUUGAUUCUAGCAUGAAAAAUCACCAGGACUCCAUCAGAAGGUAGCUUCUAACAUCAUUGGAAGUGUGUUCUCUUCACAAAGGAACAUUUGAAAACAAAGACCCUUGCCCAAUACCUUGAUGGUUGAUGGAUAUUUUGAAGGUUGUGUUGAAGAUAUACAAUUGACACAAAAUACAUAAGUUCACCCUGAAUUUUAAGAAUAGAAGUUUUGUUAGAUACGGUAUCAGGCUUGAUGAGCCUACAGAAUCAUUUUCCUUGUCAAAACUGUUUUUUAUGUGUUGUUUAUCAUUGUCAACUUAAGUGACAUUAAAAUUAUUUUUUAACUUGUACCAGCAUAAUUUGAGAGAAAUGAGUAAACUGCUUUAAUACAAACUUCUCUACUUGAAAACAUGUGGCUGUCUACAAAGUAUUUAGAUAGUGAUACAAUUAAAGGGGUAUGUAACCUUUAUUAAUGUAUGUAGUUUGAUUAUAACUAGACAGUCAUUGUUUGGAACAAAGUCACUCUCAAAAUAAUUUUGAUCUGUAUUUUGAACAUUUAAUAUAGAUUAUGGACAAUGCAGACACUAAUUAAUUUAGUAUCAAAAAUAAUAUAUUCCCAACAAAUAGGCUGUAAUUGUUUGUUUUAGCCUAAAUAAAUUAUAGAAUAUAUUUCCCUGCUUAUUUUGUACUGGCCUAACAUUUAAAUGUUUGCAAAAUCAACAGAAUAUAAAAACAUAGGAAAGUUUCACGAGCACCUUUAGACCAAAAAAAAAAACCAACAGAAAGAGAGGCAUGGAAAAUUCCAAAUAUGUCUGCCAUACUGAAAUUCAUGUGGGUGAUGAUAAAUUAUGUUUUUUAUUUUUAAUACUGGUUUCUUUAUUGAACUUUCAAAUAUUUUAAGGUACAUUGGCACAUGACAUUCUAAAAUAAUGUAUAUAUAUUUGAUUCUUAAAACAUAUUUUGGCUUCAAGGCCAGACUGGGAAUAAAAAACAGCCCUGGAAAAAUAUGAAGACAAGCCCUAUUUUCCGUUGAGUCAGUAGCAUAUAUGCCCCAUUUUUCUCAAAAAAGAUUACUGGGAUACUUCUUCCCCCAAUAUUUUUUUUUUUUCAGAAUUAAAUUAUAUUACUUUGUAAUAAAUAAAAGUGACUGAUUCUUGUUAUAUAUGCACCCUACAACCCAAGUGCAUCCAUUAAUUACAGUUUUAAAUUGUAGCUUAUCAGCCCCAGCUACUGCAGCCCACCGGGACAUCUCCAGGUAUCUUGGUAGGCCAGUCAAGCCUUGUUUUGCUUAAUAUCAUUUAUGAUACAUUUUGGAAUAUAAUAAUAAUAAUAUAUAAUAAUAACUAGUAUUUAUAUAGCGCCUUUCUCCCAGUGGGACUCAAAGUGCUUUUUCAGCGCUCAUUCUCGAUAUUAACCAAAUCGUCAGCUGAAUAGUAAUAGUUGUUAUUAUUACCCAAUUUAUGGAAUAUAUAAUAUACUAACAAAGAAAGUGAAUGGAAGUCAUGUGCCAUAAUAAGAUUUCAGCAACUCUAAAUCUUCAGAAAUAUGGCAGUAAAUCACAGUUGUAAGUAAUUUGCCUCAGGAAAGAGGUCCCAAAAAAAAUAGUGAUAUUACAUUUAAAUUGUAGAUAAUCUUAUCAACUAACAUACCUUUGUCUUCUUAAGUGAUUCUCAUGAACGUAUUCAUUAAAUUAAAACUUUAAAUGGUCAUUUUAUACUUUUCAUGACAUCUAAAAAAAAAUGUGUUAGAUCUGAAAAAGUGAUUAAGGAAUUAAUUUUAUCAAUAAGGAUUUGUGUCAGUUCAAAAGCACUGGACACUAUUUAAUUGCUCAAAUUGCGUUUUUUUGUUAGCAAUUGGACAACUGGUCCUUGGUUUUAAAUGCAUUAUCAUCUUUAUGGUCAGCAUCCUGGGAUGUUUAUUUGUCAGUGACUUUUAAUAUUAGAAGCCUCCUGAAAAAGUUUGUAGAAUGAAAAUUACUUACAAAAGAAGACUUGAUUUGUAAUUAUUCUGUUACAGUUUUACCACUGACAAGACUGUCAAAAUGCAUUCUAUAUAAAUUUAUGUGUAUAGUUAUACAUGCCAGCUUUUUAGUUUUUUUUGUAAAAAAAAAAUAAAAGAAAAAAAUAAAAUACAUCAUAAAA